AGAACAUAAGAACACUGCCAAAGCACUGGGUACUCAGCACUGAGCAGAUCUGUUCUUUGAACUAAAAAUCAUGUGCUGUAGCAAGAGUUUGCUCCUGGCUUCUUUGAUGUUAAUGCUGCUACUCCACCUCAGUGGCAAAUCAGAAGCAGCAAGCAACUUUGACUGCUGUCUCCGAUACACAGAACACAUCCUUCAUCCUAAAAUCAUUGUGGGUUUCACACAGCAGCUGGCCAAUGAAGCUUGUGACAUCAAUGCUAUCAUCUUUCACACAAAGAGAAAAUUAUCUGUGUGUGCAAAUCCAAGGCAGAUCUGGGUGAAACAAGCUGUGCGUAUCAUCAGCCAAAGAGUCAAGAAGAUGUAAAAACCGUGGCCCUUCUGGAAUGGAAUUGGACAUAGCCCAAGAACAGAAAGAACCUUGCUGGUGUUGGAGGUUUCACUUGCACAUGAUGGAGGGUUUGGUGCUUAUGUAAAUUUGUGCCUCACUGGACUUGUCCAAUUAAUGAAGUUGAUUCAUAUUGCAUCAUAGUUUGCUUUGUUUAAGCAUCACAUUAAAGAUAAACUGUAUUUUAUGUUAUUUAUAGCUGUAGGUUUUCUGUGUUUAGCUAUUUAAUGUUAAUUUUCUAUAAGCUAUUUUGGUUUCGUGCAAAGUAUAAAAUUAUGUUGGGGGUGAAUAAGAUUAUAUGGGUAUUUGCAAGCAACAAGCUAUUUUUUUUUAUAAAAACUAACAUCCUUUUGUUUAUGUUGUAAUUACAUUAUAAAAUAAGGAAAAUGUUAAGACAAAUAUUGACAAUAAAGAAAAAACAAAAAGA